AUGAACUCUUCCUCCGCCGUUAGCGCUGUCAUUGGCAGCCGAAGUCUUCCACCGUUGCACGACCACUCCAAGAACAAAAACAAAAACAACGGCCAAUGCCGACAGAGCCAACACAAGCCAACGGUGGAACUUCCUUCUGAUGAGUCUGACGAUGGCGCGUCUGGACCUGAUGCCUUCACUGCAUCCACAUGUUCGUCUACUAGUACUAGUACUAGCAGUACGAAGAGUAUGAAGAGCAGCAGAGCACAAGCGCAAAGACGAGGCCUGCAAAUUCGGUCCAACUACUUGACCACCCUCGGCAUUUCUUCUUCCAUUCAAACCUCUAACCCUAACAUCAGCCUCAUUGGAACUUCAGUCACCAUUAACCGUGACUCAAAGCGACUCCCACGCCGUGCACAUACCAAUGACACAAUCUCGACCCAACAAGUCCGUUGCAGGCACACCUCAAGUUGGUCUUCCCAAGACGACGACUACGACUACGACUGUCACUCCAGCACAAGUGUCACUACUGAUACCACGACGUCUUCCUUCUCUUCUUCAGGCUCUUCAGCUCUGUCUCGUACCACUCAAGAUCCACCCCUCAGCUGUCUAAAACCUCCUACUAGUUGCCAUCGAACAGUCAGCAAAAGGGUCACAUUCACCAAUGCCAAGGAUCAGGUUCACGACAUUCCAUCGCGGGAUUCCAUGUCCUCACGGACACGUCAAAGACUAUGGAUCACAAGCGACCAAAUGAAACGAAACUAUUCUCGCAAUGUCGCAGAGUUCAAAACCGAAAACUACGAUUAUCGACAGUGCCUCGAGGAAGAAGCCUUUGUACGAACGGAACGGGGAAUCCUCAUUCAUCCCGUACACGUGCUGGCGUCGCAUCCACGACGACGACAGACGCAGUCGGUCCCAACCUGGUCCAACAGGAGCAAGACGCGUCCCACAUCACACAAGAACCUUCAUGCUGGUACAAGCAGCAACGCCAUGCUGGGGGGUGCUCCCAACAACCUCAAGCUACAUUUUUGCCGCGUCAUGUCGGCUCAGCAACGAUGGUGA